AUGGAUCAGUCUGCAACACCAACCACUGGACGAAACAAGAAGGCGUGUACAGAAUGCCGGCAGCAGAAGGCCCGCUGCGAUGCACAUCUCGUCUCACCCAGGCCGUGCUCGAGAUGUCAGAAGAUGAACGUGCAAUGCGUCAUCUCUGAUCCCUUCAAGAGACAGAACAAACGCCAGAGGCUAUCUGAGCUGGAGCGAGAGGCAACUCUUCUUCGGCAGGAGCUGAAUAAUGGCCAAAACCAUGGUCAAACAUCUGAAAGUGCCCAACUGGCGAACACUGCUGAGAUUCGCACGAAUAGUGUUAGCAACGGUGAAGUAUCAACCAACGCCGGAUCAUCAACGCAGACUGUGAGCUCAACAAUCCAAGUUAGGUCUCGCCCACAAUCACCCCAUUCUCCGUUACACGAUUCUAGGAGGGAGAAUAUUAGGGAAGAUCAAACAUCUGACCUGACUGUGAUGAGGACCUUGGAUGGUGUGCAGGUGGAUGCAGAUACCAUCGAUGGGAUAUUUCAAACAUAUUUUCAACGAUAUAAUCACUUCAUGCCCAUAUUAGAUCCCUUGGAGACCCCGAAUUGGUAUUAUAAGCUUUCGCCUUUCCUUUUCUGGGCAAUCAUUGGGGUUGCAUGCCGUGCUUAUACGGCAGAGCGGACUCUGCUCGACUCUCUUGCUCCUAAAAUCACUAACCUGGCCCUCACAUCACUCAAUCCGAAACAUACCUCCUUGCGCACCAUUAAAGGGUUGCUCUUAGUCCUAAAUUGGCCAUUUCCGACUGGCUCUCUCAGCCAGGACAUUCCAUUUCCUCUCAGUGGCGGUAUGUUACAUAUGGCCAUGCAGAUGGGCCUCCACGUACCUCUCUCUAGCCAGGAAUUUUCAAGAGUAAAGAUUAGUCUGACUGAAGACGAUAUCAACAAACGAUCCGAGCUCUGGGCAAAUUGUGUGCUUGUCUACCAACGAGCAUGUAAUUGUAUUGGCUUGGCCCAUCUCGGCCUCCUUGACCUCGGCCUACUUGACGCUAGUCAGAAGACUGAGCGAGAUCAGACACCAUCUCUGAGAAUAUCACCUAGUCUGAGAUUCCAGUUGAAGAUACAUGGAAUUGUCACUAGAUGUUGCACGGUAGUGCAAGAACACGGUCUUCGGACCCUUUCUGCAGAGCAAGAACGCUCGCUGGACAUCAUAUUACGGGUUUUUGAAGCACAAUUAGCGGAUGCAGAAGCAGGCUUCGUGACAGAUAUAGACCUCUUUUAUUUCUACACAUGCCGUCUCACAGUACAAAUGUUCUAUUUCUUCAAGAAUCCCGCAUCUCUCCACGUUGAAGCAGUCAUCCGUCUCUACACGAGCGCUUGCCAGUUGGUCGAUUACAUGGAGAAACUCGACCAGGACCGCCAGAUACUCGCCACAUCCCCAUUUUACUUUAACUAUGCCAUGAUAUUAGCAAGCCAUGCCACUUUGCGUAUCAUGAAAAGCUCUUUUGCCCAGUAUUUGGACCCUGUAGGAGGGAAGUCGACCUUUUUCCGAGCGCUGGACCUUGGAAAACGCCUGGCAACCGAAAACUGCAGGGAUCUAGCAUCCAGGAACACACUAACGCUCACACAAUUGUGGAAUAGCAAAAAGGCCUUCAAAAGGCCUAACGGUACAGAAUACCUAUCGCUUCGCAUUCGAAGCCGGCUUGCAAUGAGCCCGGUGUACGAUACGGCGUGGUGGUGGAGAGAGGAGUUUGGAGGCCAGAUGGGUGCUUACCUGCCACCAACGGACGAGACCCGCCAAUCAUCGGAUGGCAAUCAAGGCGUCAAUGCGGCUAUGGUUUCCAAUCAUGAGAGUCUGGGAUUUGGAAUGCAGGAACCGGAUUUCCUGGACGACAAUUUUCUGGCUGAAUUUGGCUGGACAUACGGUGGCAGCGAUCCGUUCUCCCCUCUAAUGCAAGAAUACGGACCAGAAAGCUUUUCCGCAUCAAAUGAUCAGAUCCCUUACACGGGGUAG